AUGGGCCCCUGUACCGCCUCCUCAUGCUGCUGCCAGGCCCGUAAUCUGCCAUGGGCCCCUGUACCGCCUCCUCAUGCUGCUGCCAGGCCCGUAAUCUGCCAUGGGCCCCUGUACCGCCUCCUCAUGCUGCUGCCAGGUCCAGAGUGUCUCAUGGGUCCCUGUACGGCCUCCCAUUGCUGCUGUCUCCAUCGCCACACUCUGCCAUGUGCCACUUUCAGGUCUCCUCACACUGCUGGUGUGUUCCAUUUUGUCAUAGGGUGCUGUAUGGCCUCCCAUUGCUGCUGCCUCCACCGCCACACUGUGGCUCCACACUCUGGUUUUGGCCCCGUGACUGCCCAAAUGAGUGAAGUGUGCGGUGAUUCUAAGAUCGACGGCACUCAUCUGCAUGUCAUACUGAGUGACAGUAUUAUUUCUCUUCCCCACAGACUCCAAGGGCAUUUAAAUUAAAGGUACAGUGUUCUGCACUAAUAUAA